AGCAAUAGAUCGUCUAAUGCUAAUCUGGAACUAAAGAUUGAUGGAACAAUAAAGGCACUUGGCGUACAAUGGAAUUUAGGAAAAGACAGAUUCGAGUACAAUUUAAACUUACCUUCAAUCAAUAAAGUGAUCACGAAGCGAAGCAUUCUGUCUGACAUCCAAAAGCUGUUUGACCCACUCGGCUGGAUUGCGCCUAGCAUCGUUCUGACAAAAAUACUAAUGCAAGAACUAUGGCUGGAAAAGAUAACCUGGGACGAUGCAUUGAAUUCAAAAAUAGCCAGCAAGUGGACCACAUUGCGAUCUGACCUUGAACAUGUGAAUGGAAUCUACAUAGAAAGAUGGGUAGGUACGACGUGCGCCAACAGAGAGUCCAUCGAACUCCACGGUUUCAGCGAUGCAUCCAUCCAAGCAUAUAGCGCUGUAGUAUAUUGCAGAGUGAUGUACCCAGACGGUACGAACAAAACGACGCUUAUCGCAGCAAGAACAAGAGUGGCUCCAUUGAAGACAAUAUCAUUACCUCGUUUGGAGCUCUGCGGCGCGUUGUUACUCUCAAGAUUGCUUAAGCAAGUUGGUCAAGCAAUGAGAAUACCUGCAACUCAAAUUUAUGCUUGGACAGAUUCGUCCAUUGUCCUGGCAUGGUUAUUUGGAGAGCCAAACAACUGGAAGGUGUUUGUGGCAAACAGAGUUGUUGAGAUUACAACCAAUGUAUCUUGCAGUCAGUGGUAUCACGUUCAAACUCAAGAUAAUCCAGCUGAUGUUGGUUCCAGGGGGAUGCUAGUAGAAAAUCUUAAAAAGUGUGAUUUAUGGUGGCAUGGGCCAGACUGGUUACAACAAUCGAAGAUACAGUUCACUCAACCCAACAUAAUACAAACAGAUAUUGAAAGGAAAAAUAAUAAAAUACAAAAUUAUAAAAUAACUUACAACAAAAAUGAACAAGAGAAGAGACUACUCACACAAUUUGAAGAAUUUGAUACACUAUUAGAGCUACUUAGAACAAUCACAUACUGCCGAAGAUUCCUGAAACAAAAAACAUUAAAGGACAGAAUAGAUAGUAAAAUCACGACUGAAGAACUACACAUGUCGAUGCAAAUCUGUAUAAAAAGAGCACAAGAAGAAGAAUUUACAGAAGAUAUAGAUUCGUUAAAAACAAAGAAAAGAGUUAAGAAAACAAGCAAACUAAAAGCACUAGAUCCUUACCUUGACAAAGAUGGAACCCUUAAGGUGGGCGGUCGGCUCAGGAACUCUGAACUAGCUAAUGAAGUGAAGCACCCAACCAUUUUGGGUCACGCAAGUAGACUUACCUAUUUAGUGGUCGCAGAAGCACAUUUGAAGACGCUGCAUGGAGGAGUGCAAUUGAUGAUCACUUACCUUCGAUCGAAAUACUGGAUACUCCGCGCGAAGUCUCUAGUAAAGCAGUGUAUCCAUCGAUGCUUAAUAUGUGCCAAACAUGGGGCUAGAGUGAAAACACAAUUGAUGGGAGACUUACCAAGUUUUCGGGUAAAACCUGCUCGGCCAUUCCUUAACUCCGGUGUCGACUUUGCGGGACCAAUUCAAAUUUUAAUAAAAAAAGGCAGAGGAGCCCAUACUGGCAAGGCGUACAUAGCUAUUUUUGUAUGUAUGUCCACGAAGGCGAUCCACUUGGAGUUGGUUGGUGAUCUGACUUCAGCUGCAUUUAUUGGUGCCUUUAAACGAUUUUGCGCGAGAAGAGGCAGAUGUACAAACAUGUGGAGUGAUCAGGGAAGAAACUUUGUUGGUGCUAACAAAGAGCUAGUUGAAGCCUGGAAGGAAGCUCGCCUUCAAUUUGAUGGAGAAAUAAGUGAAUUACUUGCUAAUGAUGGAACACAAUGGCACUUCAUCCCAGCCUACUCCCCAAAUUUUGGAAAUUUAUGGGAGACGGGUGUGAAAUCUAUUAAGCACCAUCUACGAAGAAUCCUUAACACUAACCUUACCUUUGAAGAGCUUACUACGGUUCUCUGUGAAAUUGAAGCGUGCUUGAACUCGAGACCGCUGUGCCCGCAGGAAGACAGCACGUUGGAACCAUUAACUCCGGGUCAUUUUCUGAUAACCGAAGCCCCUGUAACCGUGCCUGAUGUGAAUCUGAAAGACGCUCAAAUAAGCAACCUAACACGUUGGCAAUAUACACAAAAACUGCUGAACGACUUCUGGUCAAGAUGGCAAAAAGAAUACUUGACGCGGCUGCAACAAAGACCGAAAUGGUUAAAACGUGAAGACGAAUUCAGGAUAGGAGACAUUGUCCUCAUAAAACAGGACAAUUUGCCACCAGGAAAGUGGCUUAUGGGACGAAUAACCGACAAGCAUCCUGGCCCUGAUGGUCUUACCAGAGUCUAUAGUGUAAAGAAUGGAGAUCAUAUAACAAAGAGAUGCGUAACCAAACUAUGCGCGUUGCCCAUCGAAAUCGAUUAGUGCUAUAUAGUUGAUAACAUUUAUUAUUUUACUAUUGUUCUUGUAUAAAUUCUUUCUGACGCAUCAUAUGCCUAUACAUAAUAACUUAAUGAUUGUUGUAGAAGCAAACUCAAAACAUGUGAUUAAUUACAGAUAAAUUUUGUUAAUCUUGCUUAUUUUGAAAGGACUUUAGUAGUCCUUUGGUGGGCGGCUUAUGGUGAUUCAGUUUUUAGUUGUCAUUAUACAUUCAAAAGUUAAAGACGUGUUUCUCUAAUUGAUCCGCCGGCACUAGCAAAAUUAAACCCGACACUAGCAAAACUAAACCUUGCGACC